CACAGGGCGGGAGACCCAUCACCACGAUGAGCCACCUCAAAAAGGGUGUGAUUGAGCGGUUAGGGCAUAGCUGCGGAUAGAGGGACGGCGAUGUCUGAGCAGACGGAGGUGGAGUCCAAGAGGAAACUUCGGUCGAAAGAAGAGGCCAAAACCAUUGAUUCUUCGCUGUUCAACUUUGAAGAUGACCCACAGGUGAUUGAUCCCGAUGAGCCGAUUAGUUGUGUCGGCCAUUGCUCAGGUGAAGUGUUGAAGCUGGAAGUAGAAGUCCCCUUCAAGUCUCUGGUGGUCUCGGACGGUAUCCAGGAAGCGAAGAAUACCAAGAGUGGCAGGAGGUCACUCCGUGCAUCUACGCAGGCUAAGAAGUUCACCAGUGAUCCUCUCGAUGAUACGCUAUACGAGCUAUACCAUCGUAGAAUGGAGAAAGAGGAGAAGAAGAUGCUCAACAGGGAUCGUGAGUCCUUCUGCUCGGAGGCAGAUAAGCUGAAAUGGCAGCUGGACGCGCUGCUACAGAAUGACUGGGCCAAAUCGUUACCGUCCAUAACGUUCAUUAGGGACACCAGGGACCAGGAAGAACUCCAGGAGAAACGUGAAUGGACAAUAUCAAGUAUAAGGCAACUGCUGGAGAAGUACGAGGACUGGAAGAGAAGAGAGGAUCGCGUGUUAGGGAGGGUUAGAGCGCAUCUUCUCACUCCCAAUGUUGGGAAUGGCCACGGUCAGACACAUAACAACGGGAUAGACUUCAGAUUCUAUACUGAAUCCUUGAACAAGUUUGACUACAUAGGUGACAGUGGAACAGACUCCGAAGAGGAAAAUAUGGAUGUUGAAGAGAUAAAACAAAGACGGAAGAUCAAGAACUGUGGUAAGUUUGGGCCUUCCAUAAGGAUAAACUUGGGUCAUAACAACCAGCUGAUAGCACAACCGUUCCAGAAGACAAGGAUAGAGAACUCAUGAUGCGGUGGUUCUCUUCAUUUGGAAUCCACAUUGAUCUUUCUCUUUCUUGUUGAACCUGUUGCUGGCGCAGCCAUCGAUGACGAUUCAGCUUCGUCGUGUGUAUUCGUGUUC